AUGCCGUCAAAAACUCUUUGUGCAUCAUGCGACAAAAAUGGUGUGGGUAUUUUUAAAUGUGAAGGAUGCACACAAGUAUUUUGUCGAAAACAUUCUAUUGAACAUAGAGACAUUCUUAGUCAUCAAUUAGACGAAAUUGUUCUCGAACAUGAUACUCUACAGCAGACAAUUGUUGAGCAUGAAGAUAAACAAAAUCGUUGUCAUCCUCUUAUGGAACAAAUUAACAGAUGGGAAACAGAUGCAAUCGAAAGGAUUCGAAAAACAGCAGAAGAAGCACGACAACAAGUUAAUAAAUUGAUCACUACACAAACAGAGAUAGUGUCAAAGAAACUGCAUGAUCUUGCUGAACGAUUACGAAAAGCUCGUACAAAUGAUGAUUAUGUUGAAACUGAUCUUGAAAUAUGGGUAACUAAACUUGAAAAAUGGAAACGUUAUGUUACUGCUGUUUUUCAUUCGAUUAAUAUUCAUGAGGAUCCAACCAAUGUGCUUAUUGCCAAAAUGUAUAUCUCCUCUACAGUGCAACAACUAGACUUCGAAGAACAAUUUGGAGAAAUAUCCGGCGAUAUUAAUAUUGAAGAUAAUGGUCAUGUGAUUAAACACGGAUCGUCUAAAAAGGAAUAUUUUGGCUACGGUUGGCAAACUGACGAUUACAUGAACAAUCCUGACAGUGGUUGUAAAACUAGACAAAAUUCGAAGGAUUUACAAGGCGAAACAAUGUUAAAGCUAAAGCUGUUAAUCGAUUGUGAUAAUCGAAAAAUCGGUUAUUUCAAUGAACAAACCAAAAAUACACAUGAAAUGACUGUUAACAUCAGCAAAUGUCCAUUUCCAUGGCAACUUGAAUUUUAUUUGUUCGAUAUUGAUGAUCGUGUAGAAAUUUUGUCGUCUAGUCAAGAGUUCUAA